UCAUAUCCCGGAGCAUCCUCUUCACCGUAAACCCACGACCACCACCGCAAGCGACAGCCGGUGAUCGACCGACCGACCAUGGGGUUCCCUUUGGUGAGCUACUGCGUGGCGGUCCCGAAGCCGGUGAUCGCCUUCUGCAAGCUCCUCGCCGUCAUCAAGCACGCGCUCCUCCUGGCGCUCUGCCGCGCGCCGCCCGGCCGCUCCGUCACCGCCGACAGCGCGCCUCUGCCGGAGGACGUCAAGGAGCGCCUCCCGGCCGUCGAGUUCCGCUCCCUGCUGCUGCCGCAGGCGCGCCGUCCGGACCCUUCCUGCCCCAACGCCCCGGCUCCGGCGACGUGCAUCGUGUGCCUGGAGCGACUGGAGGCGGCGGACGAGGUGCGGCGGCUGGGCAACUGCGCGCACGCCUUCCACCGCGCCUGCAUCGACGGCUGGAUCGACCUCGGCCGGACCACCUGCCCGCUGUGCCGGUCGCGCCUGCUGCCGCGGCCCCCCGCGCGCGCCGGCCUCCUCGCUCGCUUUUGGUGA